UAUAAAUUUUUGAAAAGUAUAUUUCAUUUCCUCAAUUAGUUAUUGUUCUCGGUUUUUUUACUUCCUGUUUUCUUAUUCUCUUUUAAUAAGAAUCGCCAAUUCAAAGCAAACAAACAAAAUAUAAUAACAGUAUAACGUAUAUUGUAAUCGCGUAAAAUUCGUCUUAUUCAAAUUAUUUAUUUGUUUGUUUUUUAUUUCGUUUGUUACUUCAUCGUUCCAUUGGACGUAAAUUUUCAUACUGAAUAUAUUUUGAAAACGGAGGAGUAAAUAAUAAACAGAUUAUAGAUAUAAUUCUAAAUACGUGUAAAUACGAGCGUGCGAUAUAACACUGUAAAGCAAGAACGAGCGCUGGUACAACUCAUUCCUCCAACAACCAUGGCGAAGAAAGCACCCACGAUGAUGACCGAUAUGGAUGUCCUGCCGUCCUUGAAACUCGGUGAUUUCACUCUCGAGUUUGAACUUGGACCACCGUCUGCUGAACUGGUUGAAGUGGCCAAAAAUGAGCUUAGAGAAACACCUGAGAGAACGAAGGAGGCCGUUGCGCAACUCAGAGAGCUCCUCAACGGAGAGACUGAUCUGGUCUGGCCAUCCGACAACGAGGCGUGGUUGGUUAGGUUCCUAAGACCAUGCAAGUUCUACCCGGAGUCGGCACUGAAGCUGAUAAAGCACUACUAUAGCUUCAAGGUAAAGCACUCGAACGUGUACGAUAACCUGAAGCCAAGCCGUGAAAGGAACAUCUUCGAACACAACAUCCUGACGGUACUUCCAAACCGGGAUCAGCACGGUCGUCGUAUCCUGACCAUUGAGCUGGGCAAGAAGUGGAAGCACAACAAGUGCAGCCUGGACGAAGUCUUCAAGGGUUGCGUACUUUUCCUCGAGGCUGCGACCCUCGAGCCCUGCUCUCAAAUCGCUGGUGCUGUUGUCAUCUUCGACAUGGACGGUCUCUCUCUUCAGCAAACCUGGCAGUUCACCCCGCCCUUCGCUAAGAGGAUCGUCGACUGGCUCCAGGACAGCGUUCCCCUCAGGAUCAAGAACAUCCACAUUGUCAACCAGCCGUACAUAUUUAACAUGGUCUUCGCACUGUUCAAACCUUUCCUCAGGGAGAAGCUCAAGAGCCGAAUCAUCUUCCACGGAACCGAUAGGAAAUCCCUCCACGAAUACAUGUCGCCGAAAUGUUUGCCUGAAUGUUACGGUGGUACUCUGCAAAUUCCACGAAUCACUGGAUCCCAAUGGCUUGAACUUUUGCUCAUGUGCGACAAGGAGUACGAAGCAAUCAACUCCUAUGGUUACAAGAAAAAUUAAUCGAUAAGUGAUCGUUAGAAAUAACAAAGUAAUUAAAAUAACGUGGCACGUGUAUAUUUAGUUGGGCACAAAAUGACAAUUGUUAUUAGCGUUAUUUUUAUUAUUAUCAUUGUUACCACUAUUUAUGUUA